AAAAUAAUAAAAAAAAAUAAAUUACGAUUUAAAAACAAAAAAAAAAAGAAAAAAAAAGGGGGCGGAGGGAGUGAAAUGAACUACUGAUUUAUAGCUGGUGGGUUAAGGUUGAACUGGUCGAUUAUGUUUGUGCUAUGUAUGCAGGGCCAACCAGCCCGACGAUUUUAUAUGGACCAACUUAAAACCUCAAAUCACGGUUAUUUCUUAGAUCAGGUCGAUGGGCCAUUUGGAUCACACGUAGUUCAAGAGGCACAAUAAAAAAAUUUAUAUAUUCAUAAAUAAAUUUUUUUUAUAUUUUAUUUAUCAUAACAUUUAGUAUAAACAAAAAAAUUAAAUAAAUAAAUAAACUUAUUAAAAGAAAAUUAUAAGAAAAAACAUUAAUUUUUUAAAAUAACUUUCAAGUGUUUUUUUUUUUUAUUAAGUGUGUGUGCUUUAAUAAUUUUGUGUUAUCUGAUAUUGUGUUGUAUCAUAUGAUAACGAGAUAAUUGUUUGUGGUAAUUACAUAUUACAUAUAGGAAACAAUUUGUGCACAGUUAAUAUUUGAUCAAUAUUGAGAGUGGUAUCAGAUAUUAAAAAAUAAUAAUGAAGUACCUAUGGUUAUUUGUGGUGAUUGCUACCACUUUGCCCUCAGCUGUACCCUGGCAAACGGAUCGCAGUAAGCCGAUGCCACGGUUGUAUGGCGAUAAAAUUCCCACGAGGGUUUUAACAACAAGCAACAAAAAAGUUCAAAGGAAAAUUGUGCUUUACCACAAUUUCUUUCGGACUCGUGUGAAUCCACCUGCUGCAAACAUGCUUACAAUGAGAUGGCAUAAUGGAGCUGCUAAAGCUGCACAAAAAUGGGCUGAAGCAUGUUAUGCUCUGACUCAUGACAAUGCAACUGGUCUUCAUAUUGAUGCAUUUGGCAGUUGUGGUCAAAAUAUAUUCAUCUCAACAGCUCAAGUACCAUGGUUUUUUACAAUAAAAACAUGGUUUUCAGAAUAUGAAGUUUUUAAAUAUGGAGCACAUGCAAAUAAUGACUUAAGUCUUGUCGGUCAUUAUACACAAAUGGUCUGGGCACCGACUCAUCGAGUUGGUUGUGGCUGGGCUAAAUGUAACGGAACAAGAGGACCUCAAGGAAGACCCUAUUUUAGUUACGUAUGUAACUAUUGUCCUGCGGGAAAUCAUCCAGAUCAUCUUGGAACACCUUAUAAAUCAGGUCCUUCAUGUAGCAGCUGCAAGGAACAUUGCCGAGUUGGUAAGCUUUGUAAAAAUGCAUGUCCAUGGGCUGAUUUGUGGGCCAAUUGUCUUCAACUAUAUGAAACUUGGCCAGACUGGUUGUGUCAAAGUGAUACUCAACAAGGCCAUGAAAGACGUCAAUUUUGUCGGGCAACAUGUAGAUGCCGUGAUAAAAUUGUUUGA